AUGCCGCUGCUGCCCGCGGCGCUCACCAGCAGCAUGCUCUAUUUCCAGAUGGUGAUCAUGGCAGGGACGGUGAUGCUGGCGUACUACUUCGAGUACACGGACACGUUCACCGUGAACGUGCAGGGCUUCUUCUGCCACGACAGCGCCUACCGCAAGCCCUACCCCGGCCCGGAGGACAGCAGCGCCGUGCCCCCGGUGCUCCUCUACUCGCUGGCCGCCGGGGUCCCCGUGCUCGUGAUAAUAGUUGGAGAAACUGCUGUGUUUUGCCUACAACUAGCCACAAGAGAUUUUGAAAACCAGGAGAAAACUAUUUUAACUGGAGACUGUUGCUAUAUAAACCCACUGGUGCGGCGAACUGUACGAUUUCUUGGGAUUUAUACGUUUGGACUAUUUGCUACAGAUAUCUUUGUCAAUGCUGGACAAGUAGUCACGGGGAACCUGGCUCCACAUUUUCUUGCCCUGUGUAAGCCCAACUAUACGGCGCUUGGAUGUCAGCAGUACACACAGUUCAUCAGUGGGGAAGAGGCCUGCACGGGCAACCCAGAUCUCAUCAUGAGGGCAAGGAAAACAUUUCCAUCCAAAGAGGCGGCCCUCAGUGUCUAUGCAGCUAUGUAUCUGACAAUGUACAUUACCAACACAAUCAAAGCCAAAGGAACAAGACUUGCUAAGCCCGUUCUAUGCUUGGGCCUGAUGUGUUUGGCCUUCCUUACUGGUCUCAACAGAGUAGCCGAGUAUCGAAAUCACUGGUCAGACGUGAUAGCAGGCUUUCUGGUUGGAAUAUCUAUAGCAGUAUUUCUGGUUGUGUGUGUGGUAAAUAAUUUCAAAGGAAGACAACCAGAAAAUGAGCAUAUACACGUGGAUAAUCUGGCACAGAUGCCAAUGAUCAGCAUUCCUCGAGUAGAAAGUCCUUUGGAAAAGAACCACAUCACCGCCUUCGCAGAAGUCACAUGAUAUUGAAGCAGAUGGUUUUUCUCUGCAUUGGACAUCAUCCCUUUUCACCAUCCAUUCAUAACACCCAAAGUUUGUUUGAUUACAGAAGAAGUUUAUAAAGUUGUCUAAUAAUUUUUAUAAUUUUAAAAUCAGUGUCAACUUCUCUGUUUCCCCCACUAGACUGUGAGCUCC